UUUCCCUUCACAAAUUAUUGGAGGGCGCUUGCUUGUCGGCUGGGUUUGUAAAGCAGUUUUUUCUGCAGCGCAAUGGAUUUGAGCGUGUGCUUUUGGCUCGCCCAAACACUGAUGUUCACUAGAGUAUACGAAUUCUAGAUCACGGAUAAUGUAGCCUUUGUGACUGAGUGUUCAUUCAAGGAAAAUGGGUAUUGUUUUGUCCCAUACCAUAGCGGCCAGUCUGUACUAUUUUCGAAAUGGACGGGCUCACUUGAGAAAUGAACUAACACCACCGGAGCGAAACGGGCAGCACCCGCGCUCUGUGCAAAACCCAAACAAACUUGACCCCUUUGAUAAGGAUGAAGACUCCAGUGACAGUUCUUUGAGAGAUGUACAGCUAGAGGCUAUCAACUCUAUAAAUCGACAUCCUCCAACAGCGCGGGAAGACGGUGGUGACCGUGAACCACAACCAGGACUCCAUACGGGAACUACUGGGGAGUCAACACAUCAACGAUAACAACCACUCAGUUUUGUUACUGCCCAUUCCAGAGCGAGGGACACAGAAAAGUAUAGGGCUUGUCGUGUUGGUAUCACAAGCUGGUUCGUUAUCGAGCGUGGACCCAAAGAAGGUGGAGCUAUGCUUGAAACAGAUUUCUGUGAUUUAUGAAGUGAUCAAGAACAACAUCAGCAAAGACAGCGGCCCGCACAUAUCCAACCUCCUGUCCCUUAUACAGCUGUGUGGUGAACUGAAUGACCAGGAUGCCGCAAAGCUGGAGAUUAAAGUCGUACGAUAUUUGCAACAACAGACAGAGGCAGAGAGUGGCUUCUUGCUGCUGGUGGUGCCAGAGACACAGAUGCUGUUCUGUCAGGCGGUUGGAGACUCAGUCCUUCAGGAGGAAGUGCGGUUUGCUGGUGCAUCAAGUUGUUUUGCACAAGCAUUGGAAACCAAGCAGCCCAUGACUCUUGACGAUAUACCGGAGGAUCGUCGGCAGGAGGUGGAGAAGAUAAUCCGUCGUCAGGUCCAUUCUCUGUUGUGUGUGCCUGUGUGUGUCAAAGACAGCAAAGACCUUCUGGCUCUGGCCUGUGUUGUGAACAAAUACAAUGGAGAAAGGUUCUCAGGGGAGGAUGUAGACAUCAUCCGUCAGUGCUUCAAGUACACUGCCACCGUCCUCACCAGCACACUGGCCUUCCAGAAUGAGAGGAAGUUGAAAAAUCAAACUCAGGCUUUGUUGCUGGUGGCAAGAAAGUUGUUUACAAGACUAGAUGACCUUACCAAGCUGUUGAGAGAAAUUAUGCAAGAAGCCAGAAACCUCACUGAUGCUGAAAGGUGCUCAGUGUUUUUGCUGGACAAGGACUCAGACGAACUGGUGGCUAUGGUGUUUGACGGGAUCACAGCCGACGACAAGGAAGUGCAUAUCACCGACAGUGGCGACAGUGGGCCGCGUUGGAAAGUCAGAAGUGGACAGGGGAAGCCUCCUGAGUCUAAUGUUCAGGGUGAGAUCAGGCUUCCAAAAACACAAGGAAUUGCUGGCCAUGUCGCUACAACGGGGACGCUGCUAAACAUCCGAGACGCGUACUCCCAUCCUUUGUUCUACAGAGGGAUUGAUGAUUCCACUGGCUUUAGGACACGGAACAUCUUAUGCUUCCCUAUCAUGGAUGAAGAAGGGGUAGUGCUGGGUGUGGCUCAGCUGUGCAACAAGAAAACCUUCCAGUACUUCACAACUUUCGAUGAGGAUAUCGCAUCAGCCUUUGCCGUCUACUGCUGCAUCAGUAUCAGCCAUUCUCUCAUGUAUAAGAAGGUGAUUGACAUCCAGUACAGAAACAGCCUAGCCAAUGAGCUCAUGAUGUUCCACAUGCAGCAAGUCCCCACAUAUGAAGUGCUUGCCAUGGCAGAAUCCACAGUGCCCACCGUCACUACCUUCAACGUGAAUUUCGAUUCCUUCGAUUUUGCCCCCAGGACAAUUCCAGAGUCUGGAACUAUCUUGUCAUGCUUGAGCAUGUUCGAGGACCUGGGAUUUUCCUCACGUUGGAGGAUCAAGACGGAAACUCUAGUCAGGUUUUUGAUGAUGGUGAAGAAAGGCUACAGGAACCCGCCCUACCACAACUGGAUGCACGCCUACGCAGUCACUCACUUCUGCUACCUGCUGAUAAAAAACCUGCAGCUACACAACUAUUUGGAAGACAUCGAACUGCUCGCCCUGUUUGUGUCCUGCCUGUGCCACGACAUUGACCACCGCGGAACCACCAACUCAUUCCAAGUGCAGUCGCAAUCUGUCCUGGCUGCCCUGUACAGCUCGGAGGGCUCUGUCAUGGAGCGCCACCACUUGGCCCAGAGCAUGUGCAUACUCAACACAGAAGGAAGCAACCUGUUUGAGAACCUCUCCAGCAAGGAGUACCAGACAGUGCUGGACCUGAUGCGUGACAUUAUCCUGGCCACAGACCUGGCUCAUCAUCUACGCUCUGUCAAAGAACAGGAAGAUUUGGCAGACAGUGGGAACUACAACAAGGCAAGUAUCCCCAACCGCCAGAGCUUGCUGUGCUUGCUCAUGACGGCCUGCGACCUCUCGGACCAGACCAAGAACUGGCACAACACCAAGCACAUAGCUUCCCUGGUGUACCAGGAGUUUUUCUCACAAGGCGACCUGGAGAAGGCGCUGGGCAAGAACCCGCUGGAGAUGAUGGACCGGGAGCGAGCCUGCAUACCAGAGCUGCAGAUCUCAUUCCUGGACAACAUCGCAGCGCCCGUCUACAAGAUUUUGGUAAAGUUUUUCCCGGAGGCAGAGGUGGUGGCCCGCAAUGUAGAGGAGAACCGCAAGCACUGGGUCCACAUUGGGCAGCUGCUCAAGCUGCGGCACGGCAACUCCACGCAGGCCAUGAGUGUGGAGCAGAUCAUCUCCAUAGAGGAUGAGGAAGAGACCACCACCACCACCACGCCCCAGGCCGAGGAGAACAACCAGGUCAACGGACGAUGAUUUUGAGCUUGACAGACCGCUGUCAUCUGUUUGUGAUGGUCAUGAUGUUGAGUGAUGAGCGUGUGGAGAGAAAGUGAUGAAAAUGUCAGGGAGUCUCUCAGAGCAAGGGUCAACUCGCUGGAAAUUGCCAUUACUAAUUCUUAUUUGUGUUUUUUUUAUGUUUUUGUUUUUUUGAUUAGUGGCUUCGAAUGUCUCCCAUGGAGAGUCAUUGCCAUGAUACAGGCUGCUUUUUUGAGGUUAUGAAGGGUUCCGAGCAGUUUUUUUUAGGUGGGUUACAUCACUGUUGCCUUGCCAGUCUCCUGUAAAUUUUCCUGAACUGCUAAAAUGGCAGACACAUGUCCAGUUAUCUGAGAACACAAAGAGCUUUGGUUUUUUUGCAUGUUUUUGCAUGAAGAAAUAUCCAGACUGACAAUAAAAAAGAUGAAUGGGCAAAAAAUUUUAAAGAAUGAUGCGAAGUUUUCUUGUGGCGGCUAUUUUUAAUUCAUGUGUAGUUUUCAGCGAGCUGUGUCUUGUUUUGAGUGGCUAUGAAAUGCUAUGGCUUUGACCAAGCUGUGUCUGAAUGAGAGCUCAGGAUAGCAACUGAUGAGGCUCACUUGUGUAUAGAUGGAGCUGUCGUGAUACUGGAGAUUUGUCCUGGUCAAGGGGGAAAAAAAUGUACCGGCGAAUGGUAUAUGCUGAACGAGUUGAUGUGUAAUAGCUGGUACGGAUUGCAAAACUUUUGAAGUAUGAAAUUGUAUACACUUUUUAGCCUUUUAAACUAUUUUUCAAGAAUGCGAUGUGUGAGAGUGUGUUGUAAGGUGGCUGAUUAUGUACUGAUGUUCUGACGAAUAAGCUUCACAACCUUUUGCUUGGGUCAUAUGUCUGCUGCUCUUUGGGCCGGGGUAAGAAACACAGGCUACAUCAUGUCACUGGUGUUCACGCCGCUAAGUAGUAACUUUAUAAUCACCCAUGUUGAAACAGAUGCAGUUCUGAUCAGCGACGAUCAUAGACAAAAAAAAUUACUGAGUGCUGUGUUGCAAGUUGCGUCUCUGACUAAAUGCUUUAGGAAUAGUGAAUGUGACAAAGAAAAUCACAUUUGGAUGUUUUGGGAUGAAAAUUUGACUUGUUUAACUCUGAGCUCAGAGGGAGAGUAAUUGAUGUGCAAACCAAAUUUGCUUUAGACGUGAUAUAUGAAGGAAGAUAUUCUCUUGACUGAUCCUGUGAUUUAGCAAAACCUGUUAGGUAUAAUCUUAAACCACUUAGUGAUGGCUCUUUUCUUAUUGCGAGUAAUUUUGUUUUGAAAAUGAAUUUAAUCUUGUUUUGCUUGAAAUUAUCAAACCUUCCACAAUUAUGACAGCACUUUGUAUUUAAUACAUUUUUUGUCUAUAAUUAAUUUAUGAAACACAUUGCCAUUUGAUAAAGUCAUUACUCUUCCAAUUUGUUAUGUUUGAAACCUUCAAUUGUUCAUUUUUGUUACAAAUUUAUUGCUUUGUAUUAUUAAAAAAAGUAACAAUGUGAAUUGACAGAAUCUGUAAAUAGUUGUGGGUUUUUUCGUGUUAACUGUUUGAGUUCCCACCCCCCAUUCCAUAGCGUUUUUAAGAUCAUUGAAACUGUUUGCAGGUUUCUCCCUCGUUGGCACAAGUAGUCAUUGAGAAUACGCACUAACAUAUUUUCUUAUCAGAUAUUGUCAAGUUUGAAGAGGUUUUUUUCUUCAGUGUUCAGAAAUCAUCUUGCUUCUUGUUUUUUGUUGUUUUUACAUUCAGUCUUUUCAAAUGCUCUCAAGAGAGUUGUGCAUAAAUACUGUUGUGUUGCUGAUUUGAUUACAGAUCCGUCUUGUCCGUUGUAGAGUGUCCAGGCAGUUUAAAGAUUUCUUAGACUUACCAUCUCCUGCCAGUUGUUGACCUAUAACAACAUUUUUCUGGAGUCUUUGGGUCCCUGUAAGUGUAAGAGCUUUGCACGCUGCUUCUCUGAUGGGACUUCGUAACUGACGAUUCUAAUUUGACUCAGUAAUUUAUAUGUUCAAUUCAAGAACUGUUACGCAAAAUCUGUGGACACCAGAAUUUGAGAAAUUGUUUGCUGCCAUUGCAAACAUCUGAGCAUUCGUUUCUUAUUCUUUAGGUAUCGUUGGUUCAAUGCAAAAAGGGUUUGCAGCAGUUUUUGCACUUAACCAAUGAUGUUUGUGAGAAAGGAAUUUUUAGUCUUCUGUAGGAAUGACUGGCUGAAGUCUUUCAGGAAAUUUAUCUUUUAAGGACUGUUUCUUUCAAUUGUUCUAAACAACAGGAAGCCUCAUUCUGAUCAGUGCAAGUCAAAUAUAACAUUUUGAUAAAUAAGUAAUUAUAUGAUAGUAUAUAUAUAUUUGCAAAGUAAAGGUAUUUGGUUGACAAAACUGUUUGAAAGUUUUUUUAAAUAUUUAAUUGUGUGUCCUACUACAUUGGCUGACUGUAUUUGAGUGGGAUGGAAGGAAUGAUGUCUGUCACAAGGCAUGGCAUCCGGAGGUUUCUUUCAUAUGUCUUUGACUUCAGUUGUCAGCUUCAGCAUAUUUUGAUCUCAUUUUUAUGAUUGACGGUUUGAGAGAGAAAUGUCAUUUCUUGUAGUUUGUAGAUAGUUUUUACAGUAUAAUAUUGUGUAGAUGAAUACUCAACAAAAUCUCAUGAAGAAUUGUUUUAUUGUGAUAAGUUGUGUUGCAAGGACAAUGUAUGCGCUAUGGCAAGCAUAUCACUUGUGUAUUCAGAGACCAUUGUUAGAUAGUCAUAUUUCUACAUGCGACAUGGAUGAUCCGAAAAUAGUGUGAAUGUGAAAUUAUUUUCUAUCUCUCGUGUGAAACAUGAGUGAGUCUGUUUCUUCCCUGUUUGUAAAGACAAAAGAAUUUGGGAGCUGUUCCCAUCUUAAUAAAUGGGGAAAAUGUGAGAUGUUUUAGUAGUGGAUGGCCACUAUGGAAAAAUGAUUUAAGUCACAUUUUCAGGUAAUGGUAAAAUCAAAUUUUUAAGUUCAAAACGCUCUGGUUUGUUCGUUUUUAUUCUAAACACUUUUUUUUUAAUGUCUUAGACUCAGGACUGAGCCCAUUGUUCAUUAAGACAGUUUUUUUGUAAUAGUAAACCAUGAAAGUAGUGCAUGUGUUUUGUAACUUUUACCAUUUGUCCAUUGUGGUCCUCAGUGUUAGUGUACAUGUGCAUGGUAAAUCCCUGGUUUGCGGGCUGGAUUUUAUCGAAAUAACCACAUGGCAAUUAUUGCUCUGGGGGUUUGGUUCCCACUAUGUGAGCCUCUGUAAUGAGAAACUAGAAACAGAAGGGUCAACUAAGCUUUCCUGUGGGCUGGUUUGGACACUUGAGGAGAUGUGAUGAUGUGGAGAAAGACCUCGUUGGAAAUUUUAUCAGUCACACAUUCAGUUUAAGAGGAAUUUUUUAGAGUAAAACAUGAAAGUCACAUAUGUUUGUACUAAAGCAACUAUACAAUAGCUUUGAGUUUGUGACUCGGAACAUUUUUUCAUUUGGUUUUCGGAUGAGUCUGGAAAAUGUUAUGCACGUUUGUGUGAUGAUCAGGCUAAUGUUGUCUAUUGUUGGAUAAAGUCAACAAAAGAUGCUGGACUUUGUCCCUGGUUUCUGUUUCACUGAAGAG